AUCUUCUUCUCAUAUAAUACCACUUUCCUUUCAUCUAUCACACUCCAUCUCUCAUGAAAACUUACUCAUAAUCUCUCUCUCUCUCUCUCUCUCUCUCUCUCCUACUUUAUCCGCUCCAAGAAUUUUAGCUACCAAGAAUGCGAAAUUUGAGCUCACUCAAGCAAGAAUUCCUUAGGAAAUGGAUAAAGGGUCUUAGAAAAUAUAACUCUCAAAAGAAGAACAUGAACUUGUUGGAGAGAAAGAAAGCCAUAAAGCUCUCAGCAGAUUUAGCCAUGGCUUCCACUAGAAACAAAGCCACCCUUUGGAGAAAGGCUCUUGUUGCCAAAACUUCCAUAGAUGAAAGCAACAAAAAUGACAUAUCAACUUCAUCACAACCAAAGAAGAUAAGAAAAAAGUUGACGAAUUCGUCUCCUUUGUGCAGAAAAAGAAGACGAAUUCGUACGGUAUACAAAGCAAAGGAAAGAGUUGAAGCGAGUUUUAUAGCGAAGAAGAUGGUUCAAAAAAGAACAAGAAAGCUUAAGAGUCUCUUACCAGGAGGAAAAUCCAUGGAUGAAGCUUGUUUGGUUGAUGAAACCCUAGAUUACAUAGAAUCUCUAAGAGCUCAAGUUGAAGUAAUGAGAUGUCUAGUCACUGCCUCUGAGCUUUUCAUUAAUCCAUCUCCACCGUAAAUAUGUCUCUAUAGAUUAUAAUUACAAUUAUAAUCAAUCAACAGCAUAUUAGUUUCUUUAUUAUAUAUUAAUUAAAAAUAUUUUUUAUUUUUUAUGUUUAAUAUUCCCUCUAUUUACACUUUAUCUUUGCAAGCUAGAGUUGAUGGAGGAAAGUGGUGCUUCUAUACAUACAUGAAGACAAUGUACAGAGGAAAACAUAUAUAUCUCUCUCUCUCUAUAUAUAUAUAUGUAAGUCAAUCAAAUUAAGUUUUUAAUUUUCA